CUCGCCAGCAACCGACACCCCGUUACACCGUAUUAUCAAAUCUUACCCUUCAUUUUGUAUUAUCAUCAUAUCUCUCCUUCUUACAAACAUAUUAUGACAUCUUACCCCCCCUACGCGUUUUGUCCAACUCAAGUCCUCGGUCCAACAGUUAACGAAGCCAUCCGCACUUACUAGUUUCUGUUUUUGGAUAACAAAAUAUAAUAAUAAAAUAAACAAAUACAUACACAAAAUCCUCUCAUCUCUCCAAUAAUUCUUUCAUCUUUAUCUCCUUCAAAUUUUCGAGGAAGACUUGCUCCGGUUUCAUUUUUCGUCAAGCUGUUGUUGUUGAUCUGGAAAACGUGUAUCUACAUAUAUGGACAGGAUAGUCGGAGGAAAGUACAAACUCGGUCGGAAGAUCGGAAGUGGAUCCUUCGGUGAAAUUCAUCUAGCCACGCAUGUUGAUACGUUUGAAAUCGUCGCCGUGAAGAUCGAGAACAAUAAGACAAAACAUCCUCAACUUCUAUAUGAAGCCAAGUUAUACAAUAUUCUUCAGGGAGGAAGUGGUAUACCUGCCAUAAAAUGGUCUGGUGUAGAUGGAGAAGAUAACAUUUUGGUACUCGAUUUGCUUGGACCAAGUCUUGAGGACCUAUUUGUCUAUUGUGGGAGGAAAUUUCAAUUAAAGACAGUCUUAAUGUUGGCUGAUCAAAUGAUUACAAGAAUCGAGUAUGUACACUCUAAAGGGUUUUUGCAUCGUGAUAUCAAGCCUGAUAAUUUUCUCAUGGGUCUUGGUCGAAAAGCAAACCAGGUUUAUAUUAUCGAUUUUGGGCUUGCAAAAAGAUAUCGUGAUGCAACAACACAUCGACACAUUCCUUACAGGGAGAACAAAAAUUUAACUGGAACAGCACGUUAUGCAAGUUGCAAUACUCAUCUUGGAAUUGAGCAAAGUCGACGUGAUGAUUUAGAGUCUCUUGGAUAUGUACUUCUAUAUUUUCUUAGAGGAAGCCUUCCAUGGCAGGGUCUAAAAGCUGCCACAAAGAAGCAGAAGUAUGACAAAAUAUGUGAGAAGAAAUUGUCAACUCCAAUUGAGGUUCUAUGCAAGUCUCACCCUGUGGAAUUUGCUUCAUACUUCCAUUAUUGCCACUCCUUGACCUUCGAUCAACGCCCUGAUUAUGGAUUUCUCAAACGUUUAUUCCGAGAAUUAUUCACUCGUGAAGGAUUUGAAUUUGAUUAUAUCUUUGAUUGGACAAUUCUUAAAUACCAACAGUCACAAAAGAAUAAAACUCAACCACAUGGAUUGCAAGGUCAUGGAGAAAGCAGCAGUGGGGCCAUUCGAAAAGAUAUGGAAAAGCAUCAAGUUACUGGAAGCAACAAUGCUACUUAUUCAGCUGAAUUAACAGACCGUAUGAGGUCAAACACAGCCGCCAGUCCCGGCAUCCGCAUGCAAAUAAAAUCACCGAUCAACCGAAUGACUCCCGAAAAUCCUCCUGAAAGAAACAUGUUGAGUCAUUCGCAAAUGCCACCAUCAUCAUCUGGCCCAAAAAGAUACACAACAAAACCAUCAGACUCCAACAACACUACUAAUCAUCAUCCGAUUCCAGACACUACUACAACUACUACAACAACAGGUCCUUCCAGCAGUUGGAUUUCCUCCUUACGCCGUAUUUCUUCCGCUAAUGUUACUACCACAAUUGAGAAAGCUCCCGACAUGGCCAAUCAUAUUCAAAAUCUUUCCUUAAUGGGCACACUGGAAUUGUGGUUUGACCUUGAGGGAUGCUAUACGGUUUCAUUGUUUUACUAUAAUACCCUUUCCCUUUUGUCUUUUUUGUGUCUUUUGUUGUCAAUAUGGAUUUAUCAUGCACCUUUGAUAGUGAAAGGGGUACAUGAGUUUUAAUUCCAGUGUGGAUUGGGCUCAUUUUGGGCACUGUGUUAGCAAGCAGUGUGGGCAAUCUCAUGGUUGCUUAAUAUUUAGUAUAUAAAAUGAGCAAGACAAGAAAGCAUAUAUGAUAUGGAGAGCUUAUUAAGAUAUUAGUAUGAAUUACACAAUAGGUUAGCUAGAGACUUGGUCUACGCCUUGUUUGGUUAAAGUGGCAUGUAUAUGUAUAUGGGACGAGUUCUGUUUAGGUCAAAUCCGUUCUGAAAGAAUGGUCAAGGUGUGUGUGUUUGUUUGGAUUUAAUGGUAUAUGGGCAAAGUCAAAGUACAUAUAUCCGUAAAAAGGCAAAAGUGUGUUGUUACUUUUAUAAUGUGGUAAAUGUGUGUUUUGUUCUAUAAAAAUGUGUGAAAAAAAAGUUAAUCCCGA